UCCCGUCCCGUUGCCCACCAGUGUCCUUUCGUGAGAGUAAUAGGAAACCCUACAAGAUUGAAUUCUUCCCUUAGGUGGAGGGAAAAAGGAAAACCCUUCACACCACCAUACGGAGAUUUCUAGUUACUUGUGGUGUACGUAAGACCCCCCAUUUUGAGGUCAUUUCCAAAACUUAAAUGAUGAUAUUAAUAGCUAUUGGGGGUUUGCAUGAUAACAAUAAAUGAUGGCUUGAUGGGCAAGUUAACUAACAACGGCACACAUUUUACUUAAAACCUUCCUUUGAGUGGUUGCAAUUUGUUAUUUACCAGAAGUAGCGUUUGGGAUUAAGGAGGCCUAAAAUAUUUUUCGAGCUAGUUCAUACAUAUUUAUAUAAUCCUAGUCCUAGCUACAACCUACUCAAUUAUGUUGUAACGAUAUUUUGGUGAGAAGCUAGAACAAGUACAUCAUGCUAACUUUCUAUUACAAAUUCAUCGGUCAUAUAAGAAAGUGAGCCAGUGAGUCAUCAUACAAUGUUUGUCUAAUAUAUUAGUCGAAAGAAAUUAGUAUGAUCAUUGCAUAUUAAACAGUCUAUUAUUUUAACCUCUCUUUGUAAAUAAGAGUGAGUGUGAUUCCUAGUAUCUGCUGUGAAGGACUCUAAAUCAUAUUUGGAGAGUUAACAGGGCUAUAGCCCCUUCCAUGAUUAAGGAAAUGGGAACCCUAACCCUCUAACUAACUAUCGUUGCUUCAAUUAAAUGAUGGGUAGGUUUAUCAUUAGUUUAGCCAUUUUUUAGCAAGUGGGUGGGUGGGUCACAUUAAACAUCUUUCCGCCAUUUUUGUUUAAUUGUAUUAUUAACCAAGAUGGCAUUGUUUGAUUUGAACCUAUACCUAGGAAAGAGGAUAAGAAGUUUCCCUUUUUUGAAUCUUAUCCUACCAAAGCCUAGUAAAAACGACAUCUAAACUAAUGUAUAUCUAAUAAAAACUAUAUAGGAUUGAUGAUAUAUUCGAUGAUCAUGUGAACAUUUUAACAGCAAACCUCCACAUAACUUUAGUAAAAUUAAUUUUGAUGAGAUGAUUUGUUCACUUCGGACAAUUUAAACUGGUUAAUGAUCCUGUGUUCUUUUUCUAUACGUUUUUAGGUGAAGCACACGUGUUUGGUUUUAUAGUUAAGACCCUUGGUUUGAGUCAAAAUGAACUUUUGUUACUUGAUUAGUUGCAGUCCGCAACAUUCUGAGCCCAUUCGAGCAUCCGGCCCAACCCACGAAACAGUUCUCCCCCGGGACAGGCAGGGUUUACUUCCCUAAUCUCUGCCGCCUGCCGCUCUUGUUUUUCCUCUUCCUCUCACAAAAGAGAAGGAGCUCAGAUCUGCGGCUAAUAGGUACGACCAACGGCCGUCCGGCAGCGAAAUAAAGCAGCAAAACACUACUAGAUCCCCCAUCAUCGGAUAGUGAUAGUGUGUGAAGAAUGGAUACCCCAAUUCAUCUGCAAGACAUAGUCCCUGCCGCCCAGAACAACAUAAACACGACGUUCAUACUGCUGGAGAAGAGCAGGGUGAAUAAGAACAGAGGGGAAAGCAGGACGUGCAUGGCGCUGGUUGCCGAUGAGACCGCGGCCGUGCACUUCGAGCUGUGGGGCGAGGAUUGCGACGCUUUUGAGGAGGGAGAUAUUGUUCGAUUGGAGAAGGGGAUUUUCUCCAACAGCGGCGGCGACUACAACAAGAUGAUGGUUCUGAGGGCAGGGAGGAGGGGGAGCAUAAAGAAGGUUGGGGAAUUCACAAUGGCGUUUGUGGAGACGCCCAAUAUGAGUGAAAUCCAAUGGGUUGUCGAUCCCAACAAUCCCAAGAAGUACAUCCGGCAGGAAGCAGCCGUUCUUUCUCCCCAUUCACGACAAGGGACACUCUUGAAUGCUCAGCUUCUGCAGGCGAGUUAGGCAUCUCAUAGCAGGGGGCAGAGUGGCUAAUCUUGGACAGUCCCUGAUACCCAGAUACUGAAUCGAAGUUAGGUUGCAGACGCCGAGAUACUUCAAGUCAUAAAUCUCCCAAAGUAGCAAACUCGAUAACUGAGAGAGUGGCGGGCGAACAAGACGAGACGAAUUCAUUAUCAUUGUACGAAGCAGCAGGCGUUCACUGCAUCCAUACAGCUCCAACUCAGCAUCAACGGUUGGGAAGAGAGGCAUCCGAUCCAGUUUGGGGCAAAGAACGAUAUCCAAGCGAGAAAGAGCAGGAAAAUAGGGAAAACCGUAGUUGUCGUCUUCAGCAUCGUCAUCACUAACAUAAGCCCCCUGCUGAUUCCAUUCGAGCUCAUAUGGGUACCGGCAGUUAUCUCUAAUGCCCUGAAGUUUUGUGCAAUAUUUGAUGCAGAGCUUCUUCAGAUAAGGGCAUAAUAGAUGCAAUGGCGGAAGGUACUCACAUUUUGUGCAGCCCGUUAGUGUAAAUUCCACGAGAUUGGUCAUUGUAGACAACCAGUUGGGGAGAUUCGCACCUUUGUAAUUGAUGAUCACCAAUUUCUUAUAGAUUUGGAUGGGGGCAGAGCAUUGUUCAAUGUCCAUUGCAAAAUUAAGGAUUGAAGCAGAAACUUGUUGUUUAAGACAUAACUACUGACGACAGGCUUGGCGUGUGCCAGGGUUCUAAUCUUCAACCCGGCUGCUGCUCCAAUCUCUUACCCAAUGUCGGUCUCUUCCGUUUCUUGCUCUUGCUUGUAGCAAAAGUUUGUAACUUUCAUAUGGAUCGUUUCAAAUUACUUUACACCAAAACAUCAGAUAACCGUUAAAAUGUAUUAACGUAAGGAAUUUAAAUUUUACAACGAUGAAUAAUUUGUAAAAACGUAU